UCCUGACGGCUAGAAGCUAGAAGUAGAACUAUGAGCUCACCUUUGGCCUCUCUUGGAAAGACCCGGAGAGUGCCCCUGCCAUCAGAGCCUGUGAAUCCAGGGAGGCGAGGAAUAAAAAUCUACGGAGAUGAAGAUGAGGUGGAUGUGCUGGAUGAUGGACAUGGCUCAGAAGAAAGGCUCUCGAUCCCUUCCUGCUACGGAAGAAUAGGCGCCCCUGUGGGUAGGCAAGGUGCUGUGUUCCGUGACUCGGACACCAUGUCCGCCAUGGCAAGGAAGUUGCAGGAUCUGGAGCGGCAGGUGAAGGCCCAGUCUGUGGAGAUGCUGUCCAAGGAUCAGAAGAUAUUGGCCCUGGAGGACUUGGUGCAGAACCUUCAGCAAAACCAGGGCAAGGCAUCCCUGCAGCGGCAGGAGGAGCUGGAGACAACGUGCAUGCAACUACAACGGCAGGUCGGCGAGAUGGAGCGGUUCCUCAAUGACUAUGGCCUGCAGUGGGUGGGUGAACCCACGGACCACGAUGACUCAGAGGGCAAGGCAGUCUCAGAGGAUAGCAAGAAGGACUGGAUGACAGUCAAGAAGUUCUGGAAGCCAGGGGAUUCAGUGGUGCCCCCAGAAGUGGACUUUGACAGGCUGCUGGCCAGCCUGAAGGACCUCAGUGAGCUGGUGGUAGAGGACGAGACCCAGGUGACGUCAGUGCCCGGCAGGGCGCGGCUCUGUGCCCUUGAGCCCAUCCCCCUGAAGCUUUACCGGAAUGGCAUCAUCAUGUUCGACGGGCCCUUCCGACCCUUCUACGAUCCCUCCACGCAGCACUGCCUUCGAGACAUCUUGGAUGGCUUCUUCCCCUCAGAGCUCCAGCGACUAUACCCUGAUGGAGUCCCCUUUAAGGUGAGCGACCUUCGCAAUCAGUUCUACCCGGAGGAUGGGCUGGACCUGUUCCCAGGCGAGGGCCGUGUGGUGGGCUGGCAGAAGAUACGCAAGGCCUCAGGCAGAUUGGAAAACUCAGGUUCCAGGAUGACUGCUGAGAGGUUUCUGAACAGGCUGCCCAAGGUCGUGAUCCGGCAAGGAGAGGUGGUUGACAUCCGUGGCCCCAUCCGGGACACCCUACAGAACUGCUGCCCAUUGCCAGUCCGGAUCCAGGAGAUCGUGGUGGAGACAGCUGCUUUGGCCGCGGAGCGUGAGAGGAGCCAGGGGUCGCCUGAGACGCCGGCGCCCCCACUCUCCACGCUGCGCAUCAAGUCCGAGAACUGCGAGCAGGCAUUCCUGCUGAUGAUGCGGCCCGAGGACACUGUGGGCGACGUGCGCGCCCUGCUAGCGCAGGCCAGGGCUGUGGACCCCACCACGUUCGAGAUCUUCAGCACGUUCCCGCCCACGGUCUACGACGACAACGCGCUCACGCUGCAGGCCGCAGGCCUGGUGCCUAACGCGACCCUGCUGCUGCGGGCGCGCCGGGCUCCGCCGCCCGUCCCAGAGGGCCGCCCCUGCUUCAAUCCAGACCCUAGCCCCAGCCCUGAAUAA